GGUCGUACGAUUUUUGCCGAUUCGUUUUCGUUAUUACGCGACGUUACAUCGUUGUUAGAACCUUUUUACCCUAAAUAUAACCAACUACCAGGCUCAUACAAAUACAUUUGCUUACUUUGUGACUUCAUUUUUAUUCUAUUAUUUCGUUCAUACAUUUGAUUCAAAUUCAUUCUGACAUCAAGAUGAUAGUAAACUGAACGUCAUCGAAUUCAGCACGUGUGUGAAAAUGCAGAAGAAUACUAGAGAUAAAAUUUACCAGAAGUAUUAUAUUUUAGCAUUCUACAACUAUAAGAAAGAGACUAAGGAAAGUCCGAGGUGAUCACAGGUUGGUUGUUCGACUAUAAACUCGUGUGAAGUUACGUACAAUUGGUUUUCUUACAAUAAAUUUCCAAUAAGACAAUGGAAGAUCCUGAGAAUAAAUAUGAGAAUUCAACCGAGUUCAAGAGAUCUUACAAUUGCCUACGACAGUUUGACGUUCCAGCUCGAGUGGUUUUGUACAUGCUCUCGUUUUCGGGAUUUCUCGUAUCAUUUAUGAUGAGAACAGACAUAAACAUUGCUAUGGUUGAAAUGGUAAAGCUACAGCCACGUACCACUGGAGAUACUGAAGUUGCUACGGACUCUUAUUGUUAUGCAUCAUCGAAUGCAACAUCAACUUCAGACAAUUCCACUACCACUCCUAAACAUAAUAUGGGAGAAUUCGAUUGGAGUCCAACUGUUCAAUCUGCCAUUAUUGGAAGUUUCUAUUGGUGUUACAUUCUUUCGCAAAUCGUUGGUGGUGUACUUACACAGUAUUUUGGCACAAAAACAGUAUUCGGAGGUUCACAAUUAGUUACUGCUAUAUGUAGCCUGUUAAUACCAAGUGCUGCAGAAUUACAUUACGGAGCAAUGAUUGCUCUCAGAAGUAUUCAAGGAAUUGCUAGUGGGUUAACUUGGCCUGCAAUGUAUGCUAUUGUAGGACAUUGGAUCCCACCAGUUGAACGUUCUCGUUUCAUGUCUUCCUUUCAAGGGUUUAGCUUCGGCAUCGGCUUGACCUACCCGUUGUGCGGAUUUCUCAUCGCUCACUAUGGUUGGCGUGUCGUAUUCUAUACCACUGGUGGCAUUGGAGUCUCUUGGUGCGUCAUCUGGUAUUUCUUUGCAUUUGACACUCCAGCUUCGCAUCCAAGGAUAUCUGUUGAGGAACGCCAAUACAUCCAAGGAAGCGUCAUCCAUCAGGUCGCUUCGGAGAAUGAAACCGUCAUCGUUCCUUGGAAAUCUAUCCUCACGUCAUGGCCAGCAUGGUCAAUUGGAAUCACUACUUUUGGAAGAAUAUGGGUCCAUUACGUCUUCAUCAUUCCAGGCCCGAUGUAUAUGAAAACGGUUUUAGGGUUUAGUAUUCAAGCGAAUGGAUUGCUCUCGGGAGCCCCGUUCAUAUGCAGUUAUCUCAGUUCAGUAGUUUUUUGCUAUGUUGCUGAUGUUCUCGUAACACGACAAAUCAUGACUUUAACUAAUGUCCGAAAGUUGUUCACAGCCAUAUCACAAGUCAUUCCGGGAAUUCUCGUUUUAUUAAUUGGGUACCUCGGCUGUAAUAUUAUUCUUGUUCUGAUUAUUUGGUUCAUUGCUGUAACAUUAAUUACUGCCGCUUAUGCCGGUGCUAUGGCUAAUAUAGUAGAUAUAGCACCAAAUUUAGCAGGUCCAGUUUUAGCAUUCGCUCAAACUAUCCAUAUGACUGCAAGCUUUUUAUCACCUAUUGCAGCUGGUCUGCUUACUCAAAAAAGCCAAACUUUGGAAGCUUGGCGAAAUGUUUUCGGCCUCACUACUUGUAUAGCAUGUGGUACAUAUAUUGUUUAUCAAAUAUUUGGAACUGCCGAUAUUCAAUCAUGGAAUUAUCCUGAUCAAAAGCGACCCGACUUCGUAGAUAGUGACGUUGAGUUAUUGAAUGAAACAUCUCAUAAGAAUGGAACAAUUAUUUCUAAGAAAAAUAAUAUUUCUGAACAACCAGAGAUAAUAAAUACAUGUUGAGUUUUUAGAGUGAUUUUUAGAAUUACAAAUAAGUCUAUUUUUCAAUCAUUAAGUUAAAAGUAAUGAUGACACUUAAUAAUUUAAAAUCUAGAAGCCUUAUACUCAGUUGAGUAAUAGUCUCAUUCAGAAUGUUUGCUCUUAAGUUUCUGUUAACUUAAGAGUCAGGGUAAGCUCGUAAUAAGCUAUAGAAAAAGAAAGUAUUUUUGUGAAAUAAUAAUAUCAGAUAAAUAUCAACUGAAAUAUUUUUGAGCUCAUCAGAAUCUUACUCAUAAAUGGGCACAAGUACUAUAUAUAUAUAUGUAUAGUUUUUAACUUAAAUUGAAGCAGUAUUUAGAGUACACUCACGAAAAUCAUCUAUUUAUAAAAUCAAAAUCAAUUAUUCAUUUUACAUUUUUCUACUAGUGAACAUAUUGAUUAUAAUUGGUAUUUUUAUCUAUCAAAGAAUUAUUUCAAGAUAAAUUUCUAUACGAUACUCAAAGAUAACGAAUGCAUUAAGUUUCGAAUUAAGCCUAUUCAGUAUUUUUAUAAAAACAAGAACCGAAUGUGCUCUAUAGGUAUUCAGAAAAAAUCUAAGAAAAAUUAGCAUUAUAAAAUAAUCAUUGGAAUAAAUAAUGAACGAAGUUAUCAAACUUUCAAAGAUGCAGUUGAAUAUUUGCUUAUAUACAGAAGCAAUUCACUUAAACCAAUGAGAAUAGAAGACAACUGCAUUUGAAUGAAGUAAUAUAUUAAAGCAAUGACAGUAUGCACUGAUCUUGUGAGUGCCUUGCAUUAGAUUUCAUCAAAAUAGAGAUUCAAAUAGACUAUAAUUGGAAAAACUA